UUGACAAAUCAAGAUGGCGUCCCACGCUGAAGCAGGAAAGAGAUUUCAGUAUAAAUAAAACUCAUUCGGAGAGUAGUUUAAAUCUGAGUGCCACCCCGACAAGACGUCGUUUGGAUUUUGAAAGAACAAGACGGAGCUGAUAAAGUCUCUAAAUGGCUGCGAGGAAGUCUGGAUCAGAUGCAUACAACAAUGGACCCAUCAGCUACCUUGAUGAUGUUCCCUUCAAGAUCAAUGACAAAUUCCGCUGCCCAGCCAAAGUGGGGCUGCCUGUUGGUUUCUGUCUACCAGACUGUGGCUCUUUGCUCGUGGACUCACAGUAUGACUUUUCUCUGGAGAGGCGUAGUGUGAGGUGGGGGGUUGAAUUGGCUGAGGCCAGAGCAGCAGAAGCCAGAGCUGAGGAGGCAGCAGCCAAGCAGGAGGCAGAGAGCAGGGAGUGUUUGGCACAGGCCCAAGACAUUGAUGGCGCUGGAGGCGCGAAACCCCGGUCUGCUGCAGAGGACCAGGACCUUCUACCACCAGCACUGAACCCUGUCCUGGCAGGCCUGAGCCAUAAUGCCAUCCUUACUCCACUGCCUGCCCCAAGCCUUGGCCCCAGGAAAACCCAGCCUAGCACACCCCAGCUGCACAGCCUCAACCUCGCUGACUUUGAGCGGGAGGAGGACCCAUUUGACAAGCUGGAGCUCAAAACUUUGGACGAUAAGGAGGAGCUCAGAAACAUCCUCCAGAGCCAGCCCCAACCUCAACCUCCUCCCUCUGUUUCCCCACCAGAAGUUUCCCAGAUAGGGUCACGCGGAAACAGCCCGUCACCUCCCAGCACCAACACCAGCAUCACAGCUAAACCUGGUUUUACUCAUAAACCCAACGGGUUGGUCUUGCUGGACAUGGACAGAGUUGGGCAGCCUGGGAGAACGGGGUUUGACGCAGAUGAUCGACCCUGUAACAUCCGAUCUCUCACUUUUCCCAAGCUCUCUGAUUCUGGUGACCCAGAGCCAGUGAGGUACAGUCCAGUCCCUGCACCUGUCCCGACCCCCGCUCCCCGACAGAGCCUACCCAAUGGCAGCCCUCCGACCACACCCAAGACCCAAGUUAUUGUUGCUCCUGAGCCAACCAGUCACACCAAGAGUGGUGCACCAAAACCGACCAACCCAGGGUCAGGAACUGCUGGUCUGCCGUGUGGCGGAGCCCUGCUCAGCAUGACCCCCAGCGAGCGUCAGUGUGUGGAAACCCUGGUGGGCAUGGGUUACUCUUACGAGGGUGUCCUACGGGCCAUGCAGAGACAAGGGCAGAACGUGGAGCAGGUACUGGAUUACCUGUUUGUCCAUGGGCGUCUGUGUGAGCGGGGCUUCGAUGCAAGUGCAGUGGAGGAAUGUUUAGAGAUGUACCAGUGCUCAGAGGAAAAGGCGUUGCAGUUCCUUGAGCUAAUGUCAAGAUUUGGUGAAAUGGGGUUUCAGCGGGACGCCAUCAAAGAGGUGUUGCUCGUCCACAACAAUGAUCAGGACAAGGCUCUAGAGGACCUGAUGGCUCGGGCAGCAGCAAGCUGAGCCACGCCAACCAGCCAACCAAAGCCUGGCCCAGGGCUUGCCUCCCGCUACUACCCAACACAGCCCCUUUCCCUCUGCCUACCCUAUCACACCAUGCCCUGCCCUUGCCUCGGCUGUUAGAGGGACAGCUGUGAGACAGUUGUAUUUCUCUCUCUGUGCUAAAACGUAUUGUGUCUCAGCACUUCUCAAAGACUGUGUGCCUAGAGUGGAGGGGGUCAAAGCGUAACAGUACUUCAUGGUGGUGUUUUUUUUUUCUUAUUGUUUUUCUAAGAAACCCCGGGGUUAGGAUCCAGGAUUUUUUACUGCAAGAGUAUUCAAGAAUGGGAAGAAUGACUGAGCUAGAAAGGAAAAACUGGAAGAAAUGGGCUGUGGUGUUUUGAUGGCGUUCUGAUUUGCUUCCACUUGCAAGUGUUAUCCGACUGUCGACAAAGCUGCAGGACCGAAUGGGGAGCUAGUCACGCUGUGGGUACAUCAAAGAAAGACCAGUUUGAACUCUUGAAACUCCCAAAAGACUAAGCUGCCAUCUUCCACUGCUCUGUGCAGACCUACUAAAUGGUGGAGGGGAUCAGGGGCCUUAAGGAGGCUCUCUACAAACUGAACCAACUAACAUUAAAAGUCAAAAAGACAAAAAAAAAUGUUAAAAAAAAUGGCCCAGGCGCCAGACAGACAACUGACUCUCAAGAAGUGCCCUCUCUGCUCUGGUGCUCUGCACCUAGUUCUGUUCUACUUUAUUCUUUCAUUCAUUCAUGUCUGUUUUUUUCUGUUCAUUUGGGCACUUUUUCAUGUCACUUUGAAGAUUCCAUUUCUUUGAUUUCUGUCUUAGGAACGGCAUAAUAAAUUCUUCGUAACUCAGAGCAUGAGAGAAUAAGAGAUACUGCUGCCCCAGUAUGCUCUCUGACCUGCACUGGAAUGGCCUGUUAGAGGAUUGGGGAGUAAUGGGGAAAGUUCCUCUGUAGGAAAUCAGAAAUCUCCCACAACCCACUGGCACCGAUGUGUCACACAUACUGCACAGGCACACACACGUUUCAUUAUUAUCGUCUUAUUUAAAAUAGUACACUGAUACAUUCAUUUACAGAUAAAGAGUUUGAUAUGAUAAUGUAAGAUAUGUACACUCACAAAAGUGACGCUUUUAACUGUCAUGGACUUCUGUUUGCAGACUGGAAAAGCGUGAGUCGUUUCAAAACAAAGAAAUGAUAUAAGUGAGGGUUGCUUUUGCAGCCACAUCACAGUGCAAUAGAGACAUUUCAUAUUGUGUGACUGUUGACUGGCACUUUGAGCCUCAAGUAAUUGUCGGGAGGUAAGGAAUGGUCUUGGAGCCUCGCUAGAAAUUUCGGAUGUAACUAGAAAAUGUUUGAUUUCAGUGAUCUCCAUCAUUUAUUCUCUGUUAUUGGAAUUCAUGCCACAAAAUCUUUUGAAACAUGACUUUGGUUUGUUGACUUGUC